AUGUUGUCGAGCUCCCCGGCCUCCGUCGCGCUUCCGUCUGCCUGUUCGUCGGCGCGUCUCGCGCCCUCUUCUCACCCGCUACCUCCGAGUCUGGAAGCAGUGCUGUUUCUUCUGUCGAACCGAGAGCCGCGGAGAGGGCGCGGGGGUUUGUGUUGGUGGCGACUGGAUCUCGUCGAUGCCUUCGACGGCAAGCGCGUCCUUCUCGGGGUGCCGCCCAGACGCAGCCGAACGGAGACGUUUCUCGCCUCGCCGUUCUCAACUUGCUCUCGGCCGCCAUCGCCUUCUGCGUCUUCCGCGCCCGUCCCGGCCCUGGCUGUCCACGGCCUCCGGCCGCAGGCGAGCGCGCGCGAGAGAGAAUUCGCAGGCGACAUCCACAGGGCGAGGCAGCCUGAAAACCGGGGAGAGAAGAAACCGAGCAGUGACGAGAGAGGCGUGCGCUCGGCUCCCAGGGGAGAGACCAGAGAGCCGACGGACGCCGACGAGCGACCGACAGCGGGGAGCAGUCUCCAGCGGAGCCGCGGCGGAGAGAAGGCGACGGAGAAGACGGGACGCGCGCAGGCACUGAGACUCGCAGGACGACUCCAGGACGACUGGUACAUCUGGAGCAACUCCAGAUUCAUCGUUGCCAUGCAGAGACACUGCUACCACACUCCGCGCCGCGAAGAAGCGAAAGAGGCGGAAGACGAAAACGAGGACUCAGAGGAAGACGAGGAAGACGACGAGGAAGAAGAGCAGGGAGAGACGGAAGGAUGGCAGAGGGGCGACCGCCGGAGAGAGGGGGAGACCCUAAGGGGGGCGGCCACGGCGCAGGAAACGAGAGAAAUGACCAUCAGGAGAAAGGGGUUGUACAGCGUCGUGUUUUGGCCGAUUCGCGGGCUGUACAGACAGCGUGGAGGGGGAAAGAGGACCGUGAGGCCUUCCGCCUCCCCGCUAGCCAGGUUGAUUCGGCGCAACGAACGAGGCGGAGAGGUUCAGCCUUCUCGCGGGAACGAGCACACACAGUCAGACAGCGAAAGAGCCUUUUGCUUCUUCCACCGAGUAGACGGCCCAGCGCGAGAAGGCGAGAGAGCAGGACGAGAGGAGACAGGAGACAGCGAAGAAGGGAGAGAAGAGACGGAAGAGAGAGAAGGCCGAGAAACCGAAAGCCGUCUUGUGCUGGUUCUUGGACGAAAACAGCAGCGAGUCGCAGGCCGGUGGGGCUGUGCGGUGGGAGCUCUGGUGGAGGACUUCCUGGUCUGGUCGCCGAGCGAGAGUCUCGAUCUCCACAUAACGCAACUGGAACGCAGAGGGAAGCACAGCGCGCCGCCAGUCCCGCAAAGAGCAGGCGCAAACGCGUCAGACUGGGAAACGAGUUGCGAGGCGUUGCCCGCACUCUCAGCAGAGUUCGGGGGAUACUCGGCCCUCGCGUGCUCUCCGGUGGAGACCCUGUCUCCCCCCGUGCGUGCGGGCGCGCCGUUCUUUGCUUCGUCUGUCUCUGCCGUCUCUUCUCCGUGUGAAAGAGAGAGGAGAGGAAGCCUCUCCAGUGACGCCAGUCGCGAAAUGACGGUCGAGGAGCAGUCGUCCUUUCGCUCUCUGUCGUCUGACUCGAACGCGACUGACGCGUCGUCUGUGCUCUCCGCUUCUCUGUUUUCGUCGCCGUCGUCUUCGCGCGCCUCGACUCCCAAGUCGAUCGCCUCCUGGCCUGUUUCUCCUCCCGCCACUUCCUCGCAGUCGCCUCGUCAGCCGCAGCGCCCCGCCCCUCCCUCUGAGGCUUCGCCUCGCAUGUAUUUGGUUGCGGCCGGCUGCACGGCAGGCGCCAUUCUCGUCGGUGUGCUCCACAGGACUCCUCUCUCCAAAACAAACUGCAUGCGAGGCUACCCUGUGGACAGCCUCGAGAUCUUUCUCGACGCCAGCAUCCUCGUCGCCACACACCGUCAGUUCUCGCGCGUCUUCGACCUUCGUUCGGGGAGAUGCCUCUCCCGUCUUCCGUCUCCUUCUCUCGACGAGGCGCCGGCGGCUGCUGGAGGCGCAAACGGUGAAGCCCGAACACACCGGGGAGAAGGCGACGGGCGCGGCGACCGGAAAGCAGGCACCGGGGACACAGAGGAAGCGAGGAAGCGAAGCGCAGAACAUGCAGAAGAGGAAGGAGGCGGAGCCAGAGAAGGCAGCAGGCAGAGAAGUGGUCAAGACAGAAGAGAGAGAGCGGAAACAGAGGAGACAGAGGAGAGAGGAGAGCGCGAAGAAAGAGGAGAAACGUUGGGAAACGAAGGCGAGAAGGUACUUCCAGUUGUGGCGACAGUUGGAGGAGGAGGGCGGCGUCUCGUUGUUCUGUCUCGGAGCCGAAAAGCUGCAGGCAGGCCUUCAGACCAGAUCGACUUCGUGCUGGAGAGUUUUGAUUUCGCUCCUCAGUCUUUUUCGCCUCUCCCGUGCGAGCUCCUCCCGUCUCCUUCCUUUGCGCCGCCUCCUUCGCCUCUCUACUCUUGGAGUGGAGAUCCUGCGCAGUGUGAAGAGCGCGCCUUCCGUGGAGGGGCCAGCGACCGAGGGCCAGACACUCGCGAGCCGUCGGGUGUACACCCAGAGGCAGCCAAGGAACGCAUGCGUUGGUGGCGCUCCUGUCGCGGGUGUCGCGGCGCCCCCGGCGACCUCCGGGAAGCAGAGACGGGAGAGCUCUUCUGCACUCCGCUGUGUUUCGAAGCAACGAAGUACAACCUGGUCAAAGGAUCCCUUGACGACAGCCACUGA